AAAAGUGCCAGUCUGUAAUACGGAGGAGGAGACUGUGCCACAGAGAACUGCAAUCCUCUUCAUCUGACUGACUGACACAUACAAGUUUUUUGCUCUAGAAGACAUGAGUACUAAUUCCAGGCAAAGGAGAAAGACGAAGUUUCGAGCUACUGCUCCACCUUAUCUAGACUACCUUAAAGACAUCUUGGGGCGAUACCCUGAUGGUGGUCAGAUCCUGAAGGAGCUCAUCCAGAACGCCGAUGAUGCGACAGCCAGCCAGGUGGUAUUUGUAUAUGAUGAACAGAACUAUGGGACACAGCACCUUUGGGCAGAAGAGUUGGGCCUGUAUCAAGGACCAGCACUUUUUGCCUACAAUAAUGCAACAUUUACAGAGGAUGACUGGAAAGGAAUUCAAUCUACAGGUCGGAGCCAUAAAUGCAAAGAUCCAAACAAAGUGGGACGAUUUGGGAUUGGCUUCAGUUCCAUUUACCAUGUCACAGAUCUCCCUUGUGUGUUUAGUGGGAAUCAGAUUGGAGUGCUUGACCCACAGGAGAAAACGUUUGAUGAUGGGGGCUGCUCAUGGAAGCUGGAUGAUAAAGAUGAUGUCACAGAAGUUCAGAAAUGCAGUGACCAGUUUCUCCCUUUUGCCAGAGUCAUAGCCCUAAUCACUGGAGAGCAGUGGGAAACGAUUCUGAAAAAUAAAUACUUCAAUGGAACUCUUUUCCGUUUUCCCCUCAGAGAACGACCAUCUAAAAUCUCUCAAAAUAUUUACACCUCUGAAAGAAUGAAAGACUUGUUUGAGUCAUUCAGGGCAGAUGCAAGCAUGUCUCUAUUGUUCCUUCGUAACGUGACCUCAGUGGUUCUUAAAAAAGUUGGACAAAAUGGUAUAGCUAGUGAAUUACUACAAGUAGUGGCAAAUUCAACAAACCAAUGCCAGGCAGCAGUGAAGGUGCCAGAAUUUUCCAAAGUUUUCAGUGCAUCUUCUUGUACAAAAACUGUUUCUUGCCAAAUGGAAGGACAGAAAACUGAAACGAAAACUGAGUGGAUUGUGAGCAAUUACAGUGUAAAUGAGGGCUCAUUGCCUAAAGUGGAUAUCCUUGCAAAGCAACUUAGUUACACUGCCUGUGUCUCCCUAGCUUUUCCAGUAAACAAUAAAAGUAUAGACCCUAUUAAUGGCCGCUUGAGCUGUUUCCUUCCCCUUCCGGAGAAUGAGGACAACCAUACUGGAUUUCCUGCUCACAUUAAUGCCUGUUUUGGUCUUACAGAUAAUAGGAGGCACAUCAAAUGGGUUGAGGCAGACCAGAAACAUGACGAUGCUGCACAGUGGAAUCAGCUCAUUAUAGAGGAGGUCCUCCCCCUAGCAUACUGUUAUACGAUUCUGAAUAUAGGCUCUCAGAUGGCAGCAGCAUUACCUGCUUCCGCAGUCUACAACCUGUGGCCAGACAUCCAUUUGACACAACACAGUGAAAGAUGGCUGACAAUAACAAAAAAAAUCCUGGGCCACUUGAUUGGGCAUGAAAGUCUUUGCUUAGAAAGUGAUCCAUCUGUGUGGAAAAAGCCUGCAGAUGUUGUGAUAAUUCCACCCGGUUUAGAUGCAGAAAUGAAGACAGCCAUUGAAUUAUUGCUUCUUAAAGCUGAUGAGCCUUUAGUGUCAGUCCCUAAUCACGUCAUUCAAGGCAUUCAUUCUGCACUUCAUAAUCAAGGAGGUCCAGCUUUGGUAACACCACCAUUUGUUAGAAGACUGCUACGUAAGGACCAGAAAUCCAUUCCCAAUAAACAGAAAAUUAUACUGCUGAAGUACAUUCUUAGUGAUAAAGACUAUCGAGAUCUCGAUAGGCUGCAGUUCUUGCCGCUUAGGGAUGAUUCGUUUGCUAGCUUUGAGACAACAGAUUCCAGUUCAAAAGUGUUUAUAGAAAGUGACGCAUUUCCAUGUGUUCUGUUACCAGGCCUGACAAAGAUGUUUGUACCAAAAGAUCUCUGUUCCACUGUUCGCUGUCACCUGCAAUCAAUAGCAAGCCAAAAUAUAUUCAGAAACCUUAUCUGUCUGAAUCAAAGAACAGUUGUUGACUAUAUCAGAAAUGCACUACCAGCAGAAUGGAUGAAGACUUCGGACCAAAUAACUUGGGACUGGACCAAACGCAGCCAUCCACCUGAGAUGUGGCUUCAGGAAUUCUGGACAUUUUUGCAGAGAAAUUUUCAGUUUAUUAAUGAUUUUAAUGGAAUUCCACUGAUACCAUUAAAUCCAUGUGGAAAGAAAGGGACAGCCAUUAAGCUGGAAAGACUUAAAAAAAAGUCAACACUGAUGUUUCAGAGACGAUAUGGGCAUCAGUUGGAAGGCAACAUUGUUGCCUUACUUUCCAAAGUAGGUGUUACAGUAAUUACAGAUCUCCCUGGUUACAUUACACACCAUCAGCUUGAUCAUUAUAUCCUAGUCCCCACGGCCAAUAAUGUUGUUGAGGUGUUUUCCAACUUGGGUUGUGCUUAUAUUGCAAGUAAACUUGAGGACUUGCUUCCUAAUGAUCGGAAGAUUUUACGAGACUUCCUCUCUACAGCAAGUUCAUUUGGGGACCAGGCAUGUAACAUUUUAUCUCAGCUGCCUCUGUUUGAGAAGCUGACCUCCCUCGGUUCUCCAACCCAGGGACUGGUAGCUUCUAGAACUCAUCGAGCCUUGGUAAAUGAGUCAGUGCCCUCAAUUCCAGAGGACCUGAUCUUGCCAGAGGUGAUUCUAAAAUGUACAGGAGAAAAUGACAGAAGACUUCUGUCAAUGCUGAAGAAUGAAUUACUGAGUACAGCAAAAGUUGCACUCCUCCUGGUUAUGGCUAUAAGUGAUGGCUCAUAUAAACACCUACCUCAUGAGGUAGAAAAGAUAAUGCAGUGGGUUCUCCGAAAUUCUGACAUGCUUUUCAGCCAGGAACCAAAGGUACAUAACACGUGUAAGACACUUAGGCUGUUUAAGCUUAAUGGUACACUUGUACAAGUUUCUUCUUUGUUGGACCCUGAAAAUACAGUCUUUAAAGAUAUAUUUAUUGAGGAUUUUUUUCCUCCUAUAACCUUUCAAGAAAAUGCAAUAUUGAUGGCAUUAAGAAAACUUGGGCUUCGGUCCAACCUUUUGGAUGUCACUCCUGAGGAACUGCUACUGGCUUCUAAUGCUAUUGACCAUCUUCAAAGGACAGGGAGCCACAGCCAAGCCCUUAAAAGGGCCACAGCCUUGAUUAAAAUAUGUAAUGAGGCUGACGUAUUGCAUAGAUUUUCAAAGCAGGACAUGAGGAAGCUUUGCUCCUUUGCCUGGGUACCAGAUAUUAACUACUGGAACAAAUCCAUGAAACAAAAGCCAACAUUCCACAAACCUGAGGCUAUGAGGAGUUCCAAGUUUGCAGACAUUGUUGGGGAAGUCAUGCCUCUGACUGAUCAGUUUAGAGAGACUCCCAGUUUCGCCCUGGGUCUGAAUGAUCUACCACCAGCAGAUAAAGUUUUUGAAAACCUCUUGAAACUUCAAAAAUCUUACAAAGUGCAGGAUGCAUACUCAACAGUUCAAAAACUGCAUAGUAUCUACAGUCACAUGAAGAAAAACCCCAGUGAAUUCCAGUUAUUCUCACAAAAUAUGCCCAUUUGGAAUGGAGAUGGUUUUGCUCAACCUAAUAACAUUGUUUUAGGUUAUCCAGGGGAUCUAGACCUAAGCUAUUACAUCAAGAAAGUGCCAUCAGAAUUCCUAAGGUACUGUGAUUUUUUCAAGCAAUGUGGAGUGAAAGAGUGCUUAACUGAUGUGGAAGUGUCAGAAGUGUUGUACCAUCUCCAGCGAAGAUUAGAUUCUCAGGACUCUCUCAGUGGAAGCCAAGAUGAACUAAAACUUGUAAUUUCUAUAUUGAACUGGAUGUUUGACAAAAACCUACCCUCACAAGAUGACCUCCCUGUCCCUGUUCAAAAUGGCAAUGGCAAAUGGGAAUUUACCUUAAAACCUCUCAAAGUCUCACUUUUCUGUGAUAUCUCUGAGGAAGGACUGUCAGACCUGGCUGAGGAAGACUAUUACAUUGUGCACCACAGCAUGCCAAUGGCUAUUUCAAAGUAUCUAAAGGUUCCUCUUUUAAGUACUAGAAUAUUACAACCUGAGUUCAUUGGAAUUGAACAGUGUGGGCAGACAGAGCCAAUAACUCAGAGGAUAAAAAACAUUCUUAAGGAAUAUGAUGAGGAGACAGAUUUGUUCAAAGAACUGAUUCAAAAUGCAGAAGAUGCAGGUGCCACCACGUGCUCUUUCUUGUUGGACAUGAGACAAAAUCAAGUUUCAACAGACAGUCUCAUAGAUCCUGGUAUGUCCGCUUGUCAUGGGCCAGCAUUGUGGGCUUACAACAAUGAAAUGUUCACAGAUGAAGACUUCCAAAACAUCACACAAGUUGGGGCAGCCUCCAAAGAAAAGCAUGCAGAGAAAAUUGGCAAGUUUGGCUUAGGGUUCAAUGCUGUCUACCAUAUUACUGAUACUCCAGCCAUACUAAGUGGGGGAAGUCUACUUAUCUUUGACCCAAAUGUCACCCAUUUAAAAAAACAUAUUCAAAGCAAAAGCAAUCCAGGUCUGAAACUUAACCUGUCUACACAUAGGCGUCUUGUUCACAGAUUCCCUGGUCAGUUUAUUCCAUAUCAGGACAUAUUUGGUUGCAAUAUAAAAGCCGAAAACAUCUCAGAUUUGCUGUACAAAGGGACUCUUAUUAGACUGCCAUUCAGAACAUCAGAUGAGGCAAGAGAAUCACAAAUCAGUGAGAAAUACUUUAAUACUGACCGCAUUAAACAGUUGGCAUCUAGUUUUAUAGCCUCAUCCAGUGACUUACUUAUAUUCUUAAAGAACAUCAAAGAAGUUUCAGUGAGUUUUCUAAAUGCUGAUCAGCAUCCACAUGACAAGUCUACUUUGAUUGAGCUGCAAAAUGAACUUGUUUGUACUUUAAGUAAUUCAGAAAUCCAUCCAUUUGGUGAUCUCCAGAUAAACUCAAUUAAAAUAAUAACAUCAAUAACUGGGAUGGAAAAGCUUUGUAGAAAUGUUGAGCAUUCAAGUAUAUUGAAGGUUUCUGCCAGGCAAAAUACAUCCAUUGUGAAAUAUUUUUUAGUUCAUUCUUGUUUGGGCAUGAAAGAGUCUCUACAUAUAUUCCAGAGAAAGACUCCUGGCCAACAUUAUACCAUUCCAUUUGGAUCUGUUGCUGUUCCUCUUUUAAGAAAAUUGGAUACAAGAAAAUGGAUGCCUAAUAUGGAAAUGUUUGUUGGGCAAGUAUUUUGUUUUCUUCCCCUUAGUGUGCAGUCCUGCCUUCCUGUGCAUCUGAAUGGAACCUUUGCUGUCAAUUCCAACAGAAAAGGCAUCUGGAGCACCGGUUCCAAAGGGGAGUGGAACCAGGCUCUGCUGAGAGAUGCAAUAUUAGCAGCCUAUAUUUCUGUCCUAAUGCAGCUGAAGAACAUGACUCAUGAAGGCAUGUUGGAUGACUAUGACUACUACACAUUCUGGCCUGAUAUAAAGAAGGUUAAGGAGCCAUUUAUGACACUUGUGCUAGCAUUUUAUAAAGCAGUAGCACACACACCUUACAAGAGUACUUUGAACCUCUUCAGUGACGGCCAGGCAUGGUGUAGCAUGGACAAUGCUCAAUUUCUGGAUAGAGCUAUAUCUGAAAGUAAGGAAAUAGGACAGAUUGCUAUAAAAAUAUUCAGAGAAAAUCUCAAAAAACCACGGCUAGCUAUCAGUGUGCCAGAUUUUGCGAGAGAAGGAUUUCAGGCCAGUGGGUGUGAUGAAAUCAUUCAAAAGAAUACAUAUAGCUGGGUGAUGUUUUACAAGGAAAUCAUCUUGCAAAAUAUCAGUUCCAUAGAUCCAGACACAAGAGACACACUUAUACUUUAUGCUCUGGACCUAAGAAAUGUUAGUGUAGAUCAACUUCUGCAAAUAACACCAUGCAUUCCUACAACAGCAGGGUCCAAGCUGCAGCUUAUCAAAAAUCUCAUACACCCAAAAGGUAGGAUUGCAGAGCUCUAUGACCAUGAGGAAGGCAGAUUCCCCAGGGGACCAGAUGAUGGAUUUCUCCAUCAUGAUAGACUUUCAAGACUUGAAGCACUUGGGAUGUGCAAAGAUCAUAUUUCUGCUGAAGACCUCAUAGACAGAGCCAAGACCAUUCAAAAUAUUUGGCAACAAGACAAAGUCAAAGCUUGCAAAAGAAUCAGGUGCAUCUUGCAUAUGCUUAAUAUAAAGCUAAGUAACACAGAACAACAAACUUUGCAGAAAAUAUGUUUCUUGCCUGCCAUAAUGCCAGGGUUCCAGAAUGAUGAGGACACAGUCAUAAAGCAGCCAGUAGAAGUAUACAGUCACAAAUUUCGGAAUUUGGUCAGCUUGGUGGAACCUGUGUUGAAUAAAAGGUUGCUUGGCAAGGAUUUUAAAAUUUCUUCUGAUGCUCGUUCUUAUCUGGGACUAGAUAGACAACCAACUGUUUGGACAGUAAUAGAGCAGCUCAAGCAAGCUUCUAAGAGCUGUCACCUGUCAUGUCAGACAGAACUGAGGACUACAGCAAGAGCGUGCUACUCGUACCUGGACAAAGAGCUAAAGGAUAUGAGCAGUAAGGACUGUGAAGAAGUGUGUAACAGGGUGCACUCUUUUCCAUUUAUUCUGACCAAAGACAGAUUCGUUCACAUACCUGCUGUAGCCUGGACAGCUACGUUUGAUGCAGCCCCUUAUCUUUGUGCACUACCACGAGAUUUCACAGAAUUUACAGAACUCUGGAGAUGUGCAAAAGUUCCAGAUUCAUUCAGCUUAACUGCUUAUAUAGGUGUCCUUCAAGAAAUGCACAGAAGGUAUGACAUAAAUAAACUGCUAGCUCAAGACUUAGAUAUGUGCCUAAGAAUAAUUAAUAUUGGCUUUAGUGAAUUACUCAAUCAAAGUCAGAGUGACCUUAAUGAUCUCCAGCAUGUCUUAAUGCCUGAUCAAAAUUGUAUUCUCCGUUCUGUGGACAAACUCUACUUUAAUGAUAGUCAAUGGUUGAGCCAACCCCAAAACAUCUUGCUUUGCCAUGAAAAGAUACCAAGAACACUUGCUUUAAAAUGUGGUAUGAAGACCACAAGGCAUAAAGCACUGGACGACUUUAGCAUUGGUCCACUUUCAUCAUGGGUUAAAUGUUUUGGGCAGCAGGAAAAACUCACACUACGAAUAAAAAACAUCAUCAAAGCUUAUCCAUCCAAGAGGGAUAUACUAAAAGAGCUUAUCCAGAAUGCCGAUGAUGCAGAAGCCACUGAAAUUCAGUUUAUCUGGGACCCCAGGCAACAUGCUACAGAAAAAACCUUUGGAGUUGAAUGGAAUUAUCUACAUGGACCAGCACUUUAUGUUUAUAACAAUCAAACAUUUUCAGUCAGAGAUAUAGAAGGCAUUCAGCACCUUGGGGAAGGAGGAAAAUAUGAUGAUCCUGAGAAAACUGGUAAAUAUGGACUGGGAUUCAACUGUGUUUAUCACCUCACUGACUGUCCUUCAUUUUUGUCUGGAGACAAUGUGCUGUGCGUUUUUGACCCCAACCUCUUGUUUCUAAAGACAGCUACAUAUAGUAGCCCAGGAGGCAUGUUUAAAGUGAAUGAGGAUUUUAUCCAUACCUUUCAUGAUGUGUAUCAAACAUUCCUGCCAUCUUUUCUUGACCUGAAGCAGGGUACAGUCUUUCGUCUUCCAUUGAGGACAGAGGAAAUGGCUCAAACAUCUGAGAUUUCAAAGCAACCUGUAACCUCUAAUGACAUUGAGGAGCUUUGCCAGGCACUGCAGGAGGACUGCGAACGACUUCUCUUGUUUCUCCAGAGUGUUACCAAAGUCAGUUUUCUAGAGAUUAAUGAAGACUCACAUCAACUGUGUACUCGUUUUUCAGUGAAGGCAAAGAUAUCUGAGAAGGACAGUAAGAAAAGGGAAGAGUACCAGAAACACAUGCAUCAAGUGGCCACAACAAAUACAUCCGCAGCAGACAUUAUGCCUUACCAAACUAUAUAUGACAUGGAAAUUCAGUGUACAGAAGAACAGCCAACUAAAUGGAUUAUUGCUAAACAAAUAGGAAUAGAUAAUGAGAAAUCUCGCACAGCAAUGGAAAGCAUCUGCAUAACUUCAGAGCAGGCUCUCUUACCCCAUGGUGCUAUAGCAGGCUGUUUGGAUAAAAGUGAAAAAGGCAAAGUUUUCUGUUGCCUGCCUUUGGUGAGUGAUACUAACUUUCCAGUUCACAUAAGUGGAAGCUUUGUUGUUGAUUCUAGUAGGAGGGACCUCUGUAAAGAAGACAGUAAGUGUGGCAGGACUGAGUGGAAUAACCUGUUGAUGUUGCAUCUUAUUGGACCUCUUUAUGCUGAUUUUCUGGAAUUCCUGUGCAGAAGGUUAACCCAUGUGACUACAGAUUCUCCUAAGCUUAAAAAUAUUAAAGAUUGCCAUUCUUAUACUGUACCGCAUUAUCUCAGGUUCUUUCCUCACAUUUCUGAACAGGUGCCCCAACCAUGGCAAGAAGUAGUCAACAAAGUAUAUCAAUGUAUUUAUAAGAAAAAGCAGAAGCUGAUACCUACAUACACAAUAAAGCAUGUCUGGGUUAGCAAGUACGAUGCAAAAAUAAUUAACAUCACCUGGUCUAGUCUGGGGAUGGAAAACUAUGAUCAAGAGCCACAUUUCCAAAUGACGGAAGUGAGUGAAGACACUGCUGAGCUUGUACAGACAAUUCAGAUGGUCACCGUUCUUCCAUUGGAUGAAACGGAGCAGAUAUAUAACAGUUUCAUGCAGGCAGGAAUAGAAGUCUACUGUGUGGAACCCAGCACAGUUAGAAAAUUUCUUGGGGUGCACAGGAUACAUAAGCCAGGCAGUGAUCUCCCAGUGCCCUUAAACCACACCUUACUUUUAGAACACAGAAACUUCUGUCAUCUGUUGCAAUACUGCCUGCAAGACAGAGACAAUAUAGAUUCUUGCUCAUUGCAAGGUCUACCACUUUUGCUCACAGAGGAUAAUCUCCUUAGGGCACUUGAUUGCAAGAACCCUGUAUUUUUAACCAGCUAUUGUGAUCUUUUUCCAAAGUAUUCACACAAGUUUGCAAAGCAGGAUUUAUUUCCUGUGGAUAUUUCAGUCCUAAUGAAAAAUGGCUUUCUGACUAAGUUUACUAUUGAAAGUGCUGCCCCUUACAUAAAAGAGAAGCUUGGACUGAGACACCAUACUGCUGCGAGUGAACCAAAUAGCUGGAUAUCCACAUCUAAACUUGAGAAGAAGCACAUACGAUGGGUAGAAAGGAUGUGGAAUUUUUUUAAACAUGAACUGAUUGCAAUGCACCACAAUGAAAAUGGUUUCAACAUUGAUUGUUUGACUAACUUGUUUUCAGACUUUGCGAUUCUUCCAGUCAUUUACAAUAAAGAAGUUGUCUUGGCACCACUUGGAGAAAUGAAGAACAUAGUGUAUAUAAUGGGUAUUGAUAACAUUGCUGAAAUACUUUGCAAGCUUGGCUUUGCAAGUUAUUUUGCAACCAUCAGCUCCUCUGACUUGAGUAAUUCCAGUAUUGAAUACCCAAAAAUACCAUUAGAGGUAAGUUUUGCCUGUGCUAAACAUUUAUUGCAUACCAGAAAUUAUCAUUCAGUCCUGAACCAACUUUUUGGAAGGCAGACGUCUCUGAAGUGGAGUAAUUUAAGUAAUUCUGAGCACACAAAGCUCCUCUCUUACCUGAUGGAGGGUCUAGCAAGAACUAAAUGCAAAAAAACUUGCUCGGACAACAUGUCUUUGAACACAACUCCUCAAACAUUGCCCAUGAACACAACUCCUCAAACGUUGCCCAUGAAAGGAAGUGUUUCUUGCAAAGGGACCACCACAUGUAAGGCAACUCCCCCAGUCACCUUGAACAUAUGUAUACCAACUCCCCAAUCAUUUAAGAAAGGUAAAGGCAACCCUACAUACUCUCAGAACUCAUGUAAACCAACUUCACAGUCACAUAAUAUUUGGAAUGGCAGAAAUGGUCAGUGUUUUCACCCUAAUAUGGAUGAGCAAGUGAUUUUUGAGGUACCACUCCCUGAAGAGAUACAGGAAAGUCAACAAAGCUAUCUAAAUAAGUUGAAAUCACUGCCACUCUUUGAAACUGUACAAGGUACACGCCAGAGCAUUGGUAGCCACUAUGCAGUUUACAUUUUGAAGUGUAAAAUAACAAUUUCCAUUGAAAUAUUGUCUAGCCUCUCUCAAAUUGUUGAUAAGAUUGUUUUCAUGAAAGACAGCGAUAAUCACAAUGAACUGGCAAGCUACAUUGAGAUACCUGUUUUAGAUGAUGUACAGUUUCUAAUCAAAGUACUUCCUUAUGUAUGUCAGUUUUCCACAUCUCAGAUAAUUAAGUUUGUCCGCUUAAUACUAGACAUCAGUAAUACCUCAAGCAGUGAAUAUGAAAAGCACAAAGACCAAAUCAUAACAGCACUCAGGCCAAUCAAGUUCAUAGAAGGAGAGGAUAGAAAUAUUCAUCCUGUAUCUUUCUUUUUUGACUCAAAAGUAGAACUUUUUAAAGUAAUGCUUACUCGGGAUAAAUUUGUCCCUUGUAGAUUCAUUAAGGAACUGGGAGAUGCACCAAACGUAUUAACACUUUUAAGGGAUCUUGGAAUGCAGCAUAUAGUAUCUGAAGAAAUGUUUCUUGACUUUGCAUAUCAAGUUGAAAUACUUUCCAAGCAAGGUACCCCUGUUACAAAACUAAAAGCAAAAUCAAAGGCCUUAAUAGAGAACCUGAAAACAUUUAAGGCGGAAGAGCAUGAUGACAGUUUCUUUAAUAGCUUAUCCAAAAUCAGAUUUGUACUUCAGCAAGAGAUAAAGCAGGAACUUACAGAUCUUCAUCACCCUUAUUUGAAGGAGAAUGGACUGAUUGCUCUGGAAAGGGCAUUAGCAAUUCAGUGUAGUAAGGAUGAGGGAAAUAUUCAGUUGGUAUGGACAUCUAUGCCGAUAUUGCAGCUAGGUGUCUACCUUACAAAGGAACUGUUGGAUAUCCUUAAAAAGUGUGGGGCAGCCUGUGAGCCUCCACUAGAUGAAGUCAUAAAGAAUCUGAAAAAUGUGUGCUCUGUAGAAUGCAAAACAUUAAAGGCUGUUACAACAAGGAAAACAGUGCUUCUAUUCACCUACUCCUUUUUUUCAGACUGCUCCAGUUUUGACACAAAUGCUUUGGAAAACCUCCCUGUUGUUCUAGUUGAACAGAAUCUCUCCGGGCUGGCAGAACCAAGCCAAGUUGUAUUUUGUUUGGAUCAUUAUUCUGAAUUCCACCCAUACUUAUAUAGGAUUCAGCCUCUACUUGCCCCCUUUGAAACAUUUUUACAGAAAAUUGGGGUUAGGCCUGAGCCUUCUAUCAAACAGUAUGCAAACCUGCUAAAAACUAUCCAUGAGGAAACACAAGGGAAAACUGCACUGCACCCUAACCAGAUAAAAACUGUUUGCAGAACUGUUCAUCAUCUCUUCCAACUGUUGAUAUCUGAUCCAUUUAAUAAAGACCUCCAAAAACUCAGUACACUUUAUCUUCCUUCAAGUGAAAGACAGUUGCAUCCGUCACAAGUUUUAAUUUUCAAUGACUGCACAUCCUCUUUAAACAAAGAAAUCAUGUCUUGGGGGGAUGACUUUAAGUUCCUUGUAAACCUUGCUGUUUUCCACAUGAGCCCUGACCCAUAUGAACAACGGAAGCUACUGAUGUUGCUUCCAGAAGCUAUUCGCCCACAGCUAUUUUCAGAACUCACUGAGCAGAGACUUGACAAUAUGAAGCAGUGUCACUAUGGUGAAUGCUGUGAGUUCCAGGGAGACUUGUAUCGGCAUUUGACAUCUACUGAUUUUAGAAAGGGAAUGGCUUGUCUUUUGAGAGGUCAGUGUAAAGGAAAAAUCUCAGUGAAUGAAGCUAUUGAGGAAUGUCAGAAUAUGUUUACUCAAAUCAAAAUAUGCUGCUGUGAAGAGUUAACAACUGUCUUGCUUUUAAAGUCUGAACAUUUGAAAGGUAGUUUGAAGAGUCAUGACAUUUUCAUACAGAAAGAGAAGACUGGACAAUGUACUGUCUAUUUCAAACAUGGCAAGAACCCAUGUCAGAAUGCAAAAAUAGUAUAUUUACUGGCAAAAGAGAUCAGUAGGUUACUGCACAAUUGUUUAACUGAUGACUCACUGUGCAUCUUAAUUGAAAUGCUUAGCUGCAAGGAUCCAAAACUGAUUCCCCAAAUUUUGGAAGAAAAUAACAUCCACUUUUCCUCAGAUCUUAUAUAUAAUUCUUACAGUCUGCCUGAUCCAGGAGAUGUAAUUCCUGAUGAAUGGCAUGAGUGUUUGGCCAACAACAUCUGCAACACUUUCCACGUUGGAGACUAUGUGGGAUAUGUGGAUUCCUCAGCUAAAAACGUCUACCGCUAUGCAGUUGUUAGUGAGGUACUGGAAAAAGACAUGUCCAUGCGAAACAAAAUGCAGAGGUACAGAAUCAAACUGGGGAAGAAUGAAAACAAAGAUGUUGAUUCUAGUUACUUGUAUCAGUUUAAACAAUGCAGGUGAAAACUGAAUGCAAAUAUCAAUAAAAGUACAGCAAGAGCAGCACUUUGUGUUUGAACAGUCACUGAACAGAAUGUGGAAAGAAACUGAUUUAUAAGGAGACAUGGAAGCUCUGGAUGAAAAGGAAGACUCUGCAUAUACUGUUUAUAGUAACACAAACACCUAAAAAAAGGAUAGAAGAGCUGAUUUCUUAUGACAGUAAAGUGAAAUGAGAUAGCUGUCUAAUCUGUUUGUCAGAUUUUCUCUGCUUACUCAUAAAUGUAAAACAACGUUAUUUGUUUUUAUAUACAUUUCUUUUAUAUUAUGGUGUAACCAGGCUGAGCUUGCACUUGGUCAUUGUUCGAUUAGUGUUCUAUCCUUCUAUCCUGGUAAAAAACAUGUAAAUAAUAUAAAUAAAGAAAUCAAUAAAUAAAA